AUGGUGCAAAGAAACGCGAGAUUUGGCAUUGAGACAAACCGAACGCUAAAACGAUGCUGUCCAACCGUUCACCGUCGAUGUCUAUUUUCUGUGACGAAGUACGUGAAGCUGUCAAGUCACUGCACUGCCUGGCAGGAAAAGAGUCUCAUCCAAGAUCUACAAGAUGGUUAUCCAGUUGAGGAUGGAAAUCUCCAGCUUUUCGCAUGUCACACAGGUAAUACACAACUUUUGAGUGAUCAACAACAAUACGGUGGCUAUUUGAAAUUCAGUUUAAAUAAGAAAAAAAGGUGGUUACUCUCUGAGAUAUUACAGCAAUAUAUUUGCUCACAGCAAAAAAUCAGAGAGUUCGCUUCUUGCGUGAGAGACUUCGAUCUACAUUCAGUGGACGAUGUGAAAGUUACUUUGAUCGAGCACGAAACCACUGAGUUGUUAAGAGAGAAGGCAGACUGCAUACAAAUUUCCGAAACCCACACAGACAAAGCAAUAAAAAUACCAGCAUCACGUAAAUACUCUUUCAAAGAUGACCUCAGAAAGAAGCCGAACCAUCGACGCAAUCGUAAAAAGCAAUGUAAUAAUUUGAAAGGAAGCCCGUCGACGGUUGAAGACAAAAAUGACAUAUUUUCAGUUGUUAGUGGUGAGGUUGUAGCAGAACUUGUUUACGAUGUGUUCUAUGGUCGGGAGAAGACGACAUACCCGGCGUACAAGGAAAUACAUCAUAAAUCCAGAUAUAAAAGGGGAGGGUCAACCAAGAAAGCAAAGAAGAGUAAAGGAGAAAAAGAGAAGCAUUAUUACUACUGGAAUGGUUACCACAGAAACGAGAUGAAAGGCGGGUACGCUGCCGAAUACUAUGAAGGAUUCUCUGAUGACUGGUUCUGGAAAGAAGAUUUUGGCUGGUCUGCCGAAGACGAACCACAGAAGCUGACUUUUAUGACGAAAAUUCAUGUUCAACAGAAAGAUACCAAAUCAUUACGCAAACAUGCCACGAACUACUCACAGAUUCACGUAUGCUUCAAUAACCCCGACGACCUUUCUGUCACACAGCUUUCACCAGGAAUCAGCAGAACACCGGGUCCAUUACAGUCGAGCAGCGUUUUCAGAUGCCAUCGAUGCGGUAAUAACAAAACUUUGCGGUUUCACAAGGAACGGGAAGGAAGUGUAAUUCUCUUAUUGAAAUGUGAUGUAAUUACUGGAUCGAAACAUCAGCAUGAGCACGACACACCAUACAGGCUUCAAGGGUGCGUAAGGGAAAACCUCAAGACAGGAUGGAUGUAUCAUUUGCCCAAAGACCAGGCUAUUCAUUUAAUUCGCGUGAUUGAAGAAAUCUCGGAUAACGAGUUAGGUAGUCGUCCGGCCGUAUCCUCUUUAGUUGGCGACGUUGCAGACCAUUUACCGGCGCUGAUCGAGCUGCGGGAUAUGAUACGCAAGCACUUAACAUUCUUGGAAGGUAAUUCUGACUUUGAAGACCGCCUUAGCGAUAACAGUGACGUAAGUUUGGGAUCAAUCAAUAUCGAAGCAUUGUAUACUUCACAAAGCAGUAUCAAAAGUUGCCAAUCAACUGAGAGCAAUGCGUCAUCUCUCUCAUCUCAACACCAUAUGGAUAUUCAAGAACUAACAUUGCAAUACUCUCCAAGUGAUAAUGUUUCUGUAUCAGAUUCUCGGCUAACUGCCAGUCCAUACAGGGACCUUAUAGUAAUCGGUGCUCCCGCAUUAAAACUCCCAAAAUCCCCCGUGUCAAUUUUUAGUUAUUCUCAGAGAUCCUCUCAACAUAUCAAUAAAACGAAUCUUGAACCCCCGCCCACUAAGGUGUACUACCAUUUGCCACACCCGCCUCCAAUGGCCGAACGAUCGAAACGUUUUGUGCGUCGGAGAAAACCAGUUGUCAAUAUUGUUGACACUAUUCCGAGAGUUUCCACAAAACAAACAUUUUUACCUGUACUAAAAGUAAAAACGGCAAUAAGAAAACGUUCGAAAGUUGUGGUUUCACGUGACAAAAGUAGUGAUUUUGGUGUAAUCGGGAAGCCGACAGUACUUGAAAAAUGUUUGCCAUCUUUGGGACUACUUAAAAGACCACACCAAAGAGUCGCCAUAGAGAGUGUAAGAUUUGUCCCAACGCCACCACGGGACGACAAAGACUCUGGCAACAAGCAUUUACAUUUGUAA